CCGAAAUGUUCAGUAAUGUUUUUGUUUCUCUCCUCAGAUGACCCACUCUUGUCAUUCCAGAAGCCUCCUUUGUCCCCUGCUGGCGGCCCUCCCCUGUGGUGGGUAAUGGAACUUUUCUGGAGCCGCAGGGAGGUCAGAACCAGCACUGUGAUGUCACAGAGCCAAUGCAGUCAGAGGUCCCAUGGGAUGGAAGGGAAGACGGCACUGGUCAAGGGUAAGGGCAGGGCCGGGCUGGGGUGGGGGAGGCUGCCAGGCACCGGGGAGUUGGGGGAGGUCAGAGGCAGGGGGCGGGCAGACCCAUGACGUCCCUGGGCCCCCAGCUCUGCAGGGCCACACUCCUGGCCACCAUCCUGAUGCUGCUGCUUCGGGUAAAGGGGGUGAGGCCACAGAAGGACCCUACCGAGAACAGCCAGAAAGACAGCAUGCCUUCCACAGGUGGGGGCCCUCACCCCACCUGGAGGAGGAGGGUGGAGUCCAGACUAUGCUUGAACACAGGUCAGAAGCGCUUCUCGGGUGAAAGCCCAAUCUCCCCACAUUCUCCAGCCCAUCCUGUCCAGGCCAGGGCUAGGCUGGGGCAGGCGGGACCCUGUGUCAGGCCUCCCCUCUACCGCCCAGACCAGGAUGAAGAGCAGUUUGAAGAGCGCUUCAUGGCCUCCUCAGUGGGGGAGAUGUGGCAGCUGCUGGACAUGGCCCAGCAGGAGGACGAGGUGGCAGAGACGGCGGCCGUGCGCGACCACCUCUUUGACCUGGCCUUCUGCCUGAACCUGGCCAGCAUCCUGGUUUUUUUAUGAGGGACAUGGAGGCUGAGGUCGUGGCCUGGUUCCUGGAUGAGGACUUGGAUGUCUACCUUCGCUUCAUGAUCGCGUACUGACC